ACGAAAAAAUCAAUUUUUUCGGCUCGUAUCGAACUUUGUCGUUCAGUUCACAUUUGUAUAGCAGCGAGAUGAGACAUUCAGUGAUGCUGCAGCCGCUGCUGCUGCUGUUGAUGAUGCUGCUGACAGCUACGCAGCAACAAAUUUUAUAUGGAAAUAGUUAUGGAGGCCCUUACAUUAAUAGCAACGGCGGCAUCAAUACCGGAGGACCAUUUAGACAAGGUACAAAUGGAUUCAUAGGAUCUGGAUAUGGUGGAAGAUCAUAUACUAUAUCUGGUAGACAAUAUGGCGGGCCUCCUGGGCCUUAUUUAAUAAGCGGAAGCAACAGUGGAGGACCGUUUAGAGUUAAUGUUGGUCAGGCAGGUGUCAUAUCUGGAAAUCAAAAUGGUGGACCUUUUGGCAAUGCUCAGAAUGCGCCUGGGAAUGGAUUGGUUAACGGCGGCAGGGGUGGAGGACCAUUUGGACAUAAUCAUGGGGGUGUCAUAUCAGGAAAUCCAAGCGGUGGGCCCUUGGGAAAUGGAAAUGGUGGCAGUAGUGGAGGACCAUUUGGAUCAGGAAAAUCCGAAUUGAUAACUGGUAGCAACAGUGGAGGACCAUUUAAGGUUGAUGUUCCUCAGGAAGGCAUCAUAUCUGGAAAUCAAAAUGGUGGACCUUUUGGAAAUUCUCAGAACGCGGCUGGGAAGGGAUUGGUUAAUGGUGGAAUCAAUGUAGGACCCUUCGGACAAGAAAAAUCUGAACUAAUAACUGGUAGCAACAGUGGAGGGCCUUUCAAAUUAAAUGUUGAUCAGCAAAGUACUAUAGCAGGAGGUAAGGAUGGAGGAUCUUUAGGAAAUGGUCUGAUAAAUGGCGGAAGCAAUGGAGGACCCUUCGGACAAGAAAAAUCUGAACUAAUAACUGGUAGCAACAGUGGAGGGCCAUAG